CCCCAUCGUGAGCACGCGUUCUUCAUCCGGGCUCAGAACGAGCAGCAGCUGCGGCGGGCGCCGUCACGAGCGGACCAGCGGAGCAAGAGCAGCUGGAAGCUCGCAGGGUUGUCUCGCUCUUGGCGACGGUCAGGGACCGCGCCUUCACACGCAGGACAAUGUUCAGGCGUGCCGGAGGCAGGGUUGAGUUCAAGAACGAAGCGAUGGCAGACUCUGGGGCGAGCACUUCCAACAGCAGCGGCAGCUCGAGCUCCUCGGAUUCGGAGCGGAACGCGUUCGGUGGUUUGAGGCGCAUCACGGGGCCGACGAGGCGACCAGGCUUCCAGCGUCUCGAGUUGCACGAACUCCUUCAGGUGCGCCAGAUGCAGGCGGCAGCACGGCGGGCGGCAGAUGCAGCCGCCCGCGGUGAUGGCGCACACGCCACGCUCCAUCCUUCAGCUAUGUCUGCCUUCCCGCUGCCGGACACAGCUCCGACAGCACAGGAACGCGCCGGGCUCAAUGUAGUCGUCAUGCGAGCAAACUGGCGCAUGAACCCCAGCCACAAGGCCAUCCUGCAGGCGGCGGCCGUCAUUGGUACCGUCGCCUUUCUCCUCUACCUUGGAGCGACGCUGUGGAUUCGCGUCAAGGACCACGGUGUACUCCACGCAAGCACCCGGACGACCCACGCACAACAUGCGGAUCUACCGCUUUUUUCUGGCUGCGACGAAAUGGCAUGCCACAAGUACGUGGCUGCUAUAGAGCUUUCUAUUAAUCGAUCUCAAGACCCAUGCCAAAAUUUCUAUCGUUUCGUCUGCGACGGGUGGAAACGCCACCACCACCUGCUCUCCGUCGUGGACGCUGCGGAAGAUGCGAUGUAUGGUCGCGCGCUCAACGCCAUCGAGUGGAGCACCGAAGACGGCAGCAGCCCGUAUUUCGCAGUGCCGUCGGCGUUGAGCGUCGACAAGAAGGUAGCCGGCCUUGCCAAGUCGUGCAUGGAGCUUUCACAGAGCAGCUUGCCCGACCUCAAAAAGUUCAUGGCCGAGCGACAUCUCCCAUGGCCAAAGACGUCUCGCUGGGAUCUCUUGGAGAUUCUGCUCGAUCUGUCGGGCAACUGGAACGUACAUCUGUGGUUCCACGUCAGCUUCGAACUGGCUCCCCUUCGCGGCGGGACCGGGGAGCCCGUGCUAAAGAUUGGCCACAGUGCUGCCUUUCACGCCUGGAUUGCGACCACGCGGGCGUUCGCCGGUCAGCCAGCGGGAACGGCAGCGUCGCUCCGGUACCGGCAGUACGUGCGAGCCAUGUUACGGCUUUUCGAUGCUUCCGAAGUGGUCGAAGACGAAGUCAUCGCCACAAUCGAGGCAAUGAACCGGCUCAUACUACAGGUCCUGGGCCCCGCCAUGGCCGAGCCGGAGUCGAGAAUUCUGCGCAUGUCGAUCCGCAACCUCACAGACACGGCGACUCCAGGCAUUGCUGCUGGACGGCUACUCCUGCUCUUGAAUGAGUACUUCAUCUGGGCACGCCGUUUUUCAGCUCGGGACGUCGUGCAAGUGGAAAAUGCCGGCCUGCUUCGGUCCGUCGUCUACCUACUGGGACUGAAAUCCGAGACGCGAGAUGCGCUCACGCUCAGCCUAGGCCUUCGUGUUGCUCACGAGUUGGGCUGGAUGGCGAGCCGAGAGAUCGCGGAUGUCACGCUGGAGCUUGCUGGCCAGCCUCCGUCGGCGCAUUGGCGUCGCUGCCUCAUUCAGGUCGAAAACACCGUGGGCAUUGGAUGGCUCACUUUGUUUCCGAAGCACCGGGGAGCCGAGGCUGUCGUUCGGGACGUGCGGGACGUUCUCGUUGACGCGGUGGCGCGCCACAAGAAGACCUUGCUCCAGCUCUGGGCACCAGGCGCCAUUGUACUCUGGAAAAACGAGAGCUUCUUAGCAAGCCUGCUGCCAGAACCGACGCGCGGAGCUCGCUUCUUCGUCGACUGGUUGAACCUGAUGAACGGGCGCUGGCGCCUCCUGGAGCAAGACAUGACAAACAUUCUCAAGCCAGGUUCCUAUCUGAGGCACCGAUGGAGCUUUCAUGGUGCGCUCACUGUCGCCGAAAACUACUUUGUGUUCCCGCUGUUCCAUCCCGACUUUCCGUUGGCGGUUAACUACGGCGGCGCCGGACGCCUCCUGGCUGACGAAGUGCUCAGGGGCCUGUACCACGAGCACCUCUUCAACGUGAACCCCAUCCACAACCGAAAGAUCCGCAAGGAUAACACUCGGCAGCCCAGCGACACUUCCAUUGAGCCGCAGGAGUGGCUGCCAAAUUAUGUGGACAUGAAGGCUCUCCUGGCCAGCCUGGCUGCCUACAGGCUCGGGAUUGCGAGAAACACAAGCAGUGUAUACUCCAAAGAGUCGAGCCUCGCGCAAGACAGGCUCUUUUUCGUGGCGUCUUGCUACGCCCUGUGCUCCAGCGGCAACCACGUGGACAUGCUGUACGGGGAUGCAAGCCACCGUUGCAAUGAGCCCGUCAAGGCACUGCCCGAGUUCGCCGCAGCGUUCCAGUGCGUAAACAAAGGAGCUCUGCAAUAG